UUGAUGAUUUUCGGAAUAGAAGCAACAAGCCGUUCAGCUCAAGGCAAACCGGUACCAGCCUAUUAGCGUGCUCAGUCGAUUGCAGACCGUAUAGCGCAGAUAAUCUUGCGCGUCGUGUCAUCCCGUUUGCUUCUCAAGUAUGCCAGACGAAUUCUUCGCGAACACAUCGCAAAGAAACAGGUUCUUAUUGGGUUGGUCACUGGAUGUCGUCAGUCAGUUAAAUCUACGUGUAGCUUGGUGAAAUAAAAAAUGGAGCCCGAAAAAAAUGACGAGUUAAACUAUUUGGAUGGACUGCUGGGCGAUGGAGCGAAAACGCAAGUGGACAUCGAUGUUGAUGAGUACGAGCUGCAAUUACCACCGUGGUACGAUGAUGAGAAGUACAAACGGGCGCAGAAGUACUUCAAACAGAACUUUUUCGCGAUGUUCGUAGCCAAACUCUGUGGUUUGCUUGUCAUUCUGGCCGUGCCAAGUAUUGUGAAUGUGCUAGUCUAUACGAAGCAAUCGUCCACUGCCGUGACUGCCUACAGGCGCUAUGUUGGGACUAUAAUGCACACUCUAAACUGGUACUAUGAGGAACUGCUACCGGGAACUCCGUCAUGGAAAUCGAUUACCUAUGUUCGAAGAGGUCAUGUUGCGGUUAGCAAGAGAAGCAAUGCCAAGCUUGCGGGCAGGAUUGUGUCCCAAAAGGAUAUGGCCGUUACGCAGUUUGGGUUCAUGGGGUACGCUGUCCUAGGUUAUAAUAAGCUUGGAAUAGUUUACAACAAGGAAGAUAUGGAAGCAUUGGUUCACUUCUGGAGAGUUAUCGGUUACAUGAUCGGAAUUCAGGAUCGUUACAACCUGUGCACAAACAACCUAGCCUCCACCGAGGAACGGAUGAAACAAGUGCAGGAGCACAUUUUGAAACCCGCAUUGAUCGCCCGGUCGGAAAAUUUCGAGAAAAUGAGCAAAGCCCUGAUAGAGGGCCUGUGGUGUUUUAACCCAUUCCUGGACUACGAUGCCUUCCUGUUCCUGACGGCUCGGCUCACGGGCAUUCCCGGCUAUCACUAUUGGACUGAAGAACACCCGUCACCAGGCUGCGAAACCAAAUACGAUAACUUCGGCAGAUACAGCCGGUUCAUCUUGUACUAUCUUUUGAUAGUACAUGAAGUGUGGAUAAAAUCCACUCUCUUUAGGUGGUACUUAAACAGUCAAAUGAUUCUAUCGAGAUUCCUUAUCACGUACUUCCCGUUUUUGGCUAUUUUCAAGUUCGGUAUAGGAGAUUCCUACGUUCGGAUACUUAAAUAAUGCAACGGCAUUUACCUUCAGUUGAUUUCUUAGAUUUAUUAAGUUCCUUUUAGACAAUGAUUACGCGUUACCUUGCUGCUUAACUGCUAAA